UCGAUGAUCCUCGUUCCCGAGAAUUAAAUUUAUUCCAUUCGUUUUUGGUUCUGCUGCCAGCCCCGGCUGACCUGAGCCCUCCUCCCUCUGCCGAUUUAAAUACCCUAGGUCCAGCCGAGGGACGUAGCUUUUAUACUUCCGUAUCUCCCCGUCCGUCUGGAUCGCCUGUGAAGGUCCGAUAUCGUCCUCGUUCUGUCUUGCCUGCGCAUUAAGAAAAGAGCUCUUCCGGCCUUUUUGGAAGUUGUCUUGUCUGCCAUCUUUCUCUCUUUUGUAUCUCUCUGGCUCCGUCCUUCGCUCUCGCUUCUCCUCGGACCCCUGCACGUGCCGGCGCAUUGGUGGCUUCGCAUCGUCAUCGCAACGCUUCCAAUACCAAUUGACUCAUCUCGUCUGUUUCUUUGGAAUAACCACAAUCCGCAAUCAUGUCUGCAAAAGGAGGCAAUGGCAAGAAGACGACUUCGCCGGCCGUCAACCUGAUCGCUGGUGGCGGUGCUGGUAUGAUGGAGGCGCUCGUGUGCCAUCCCUUAGAUACCAUUAAGGUCCGAAUGCAGUUGUCGCGACGCGCGAGAGCUCCGGGUAUGAAACCCCGGGGCUUCGUCACCACUGGUGUCGACAUCGUGAAGAAAGAAACCGCAUUGGGUCUGUACAAGGGUCUGGGAGCCGUGCUGGGAGGUAUCAUUCCGAAGAUGGCCAUCCGGUUCACCUCCUAUGAGCAAUAUAAGCAAAUGCUUUCGGACAAGGAGACUGGCGCAGUCACCAGCAAAGCCACCUUCCUUGCCGGUCUUGCCGCUGGUGUGACGGAAGCCGUGGCCGUCGUGAACCCCAUGGAAGUCGUGAAGAUUCGCCUGCAAGCGCAGCAUCACAGUCUGGCAGAUCCCCUCGAUACGCCCAAGUACCGCAGCGCCCCGCAUGCUCUCUUCACCGUCAUCAAGGAAGAAGGGUUCAGCACUCUGUACCGCGGUGUCUCGCUGACCGCGCUGCGACAAGGAACCAACCAGGCGGCCAACUUCACCGCAUACACCGAGCUGAAGGCGGCACUGCAAAGGUACCAGCCCGAAUACAACAACAGCCAGCUCCCGUCGUACCAGACGACCCUGAUCGGACUGAUCUCCGGUGCCGUCGGACCCUUCUCCAACGCCCCCAUUGACACCAUCAAGACGAGAUUGCAGAAGACGCGUGCCGAGCCUGGCCAGUCCGCCGUCACGCGCAUCCUGGUCAUCGGCAAGGACAUGUUCAAGCAGGAAGGCGCGCGCGCUUUCUAUAAGGGUAUCACGCCCCGUGUGAUGAGAGUCGCGCCCGGCCAGGCUGUCACCUUCACCGUGUACGAGUACCUGAAGGGCAAGCUGGAGGCCUCGAAAUGGAGCCUGGUGGGCGGCAAGUAUGAGGAAUAAAUUCGCCUGGAUUCACUCUCCGUGAAGAAAAUGGCCGCUGCGUGUUCUCUCGAAAGCAUUUGAUACCAUGAGCAUGGUGGCGUUUCCAAUUGCGACUUGCGAUCUCUGCAUCGUCAGUACAUAUUGUUAUUGUUGGGUAUAUUGAUCAUUUUUGGGGGCCUCUUGUCUGUCUGGUUAGAAAGCCGCACGGAUGAAAUCCAUUAGCGAGUGGAUUGUAAAUAUCUUUUAUUUUCGUUUCAUUUGGUUUUUGAAUACCACCUUUCCU